GUUUGAAAAUUGUGGAUCUUCGGAAACCUACACUGCUUUUUUGCAGCUUUUAUAAAGUUUUAUUCCACCAUACUUUCCUGGUUUAAUAGCUGGAUAAACAUUUUUGAAAACGUUUUUAUCAUAUAAAUUGCAAUCAUGGGGAAGAUUAUGAAACCGGGUAAAGUUGUCCUUCUCCUCAGUGGAAAAUAUGCUGGUCGCAAAGCCAUUGUCAUAAAGAAUUACGAUGAAGGAGCGGCAAAUAAACAAUAUGGUCAUGCUCUGGUGGCGGGAAUUGAUGUGUAUCCUCGCAAAGUAACCAAGACUAUGGGAGUCAAGAAGCUGGCAAAGCGAUCUCGCAUCAAGCCCUUCGUCAAAAUCUGCAAUUACAAUCAUGUUAUGCCCACCAGGUAUUCAGUCGACAUCGCCUUUGAAAAGAACGUCGUGAACAAGGACGCAUUCAGAGAUCCUUCUCUCAGGCGCAAAGCCCGCUCGGAAGUGAGGAGAAAAUUCGAGGAGAGAUACAAGACCGGCAAGAACAAGUGGUUUUUCACUAAAUUGAGAUUCUAAACUGUAACGACGAGCAGUUUAAUUUUGGUUGUGAUCUUUUCUUACUUUUACCAUCCAUCGUAUGCGUUCGGAUACUGCAAUCAGAAUUAAAGGUUCUUCGUUCGA